UAAAUUAACAAUUUAUUAAAAUAUACAAAUUAUAGAAAUAUUUUAGGUUAAAAGAAAGACGGAAUCUAGCAGCAAAAUCCACUCACUCGGCAGCCGGCAACUGAUUGAGUGAGAGUGAGACCACUCUAACUCUAGCCCACUGCCAGCCAUUGAUAUAAUAAUCUAUAUAGAGUGAAAUAAAUGGCAGGAAGGUUAAGGGGGGGGGGUCAUUUUAGAGGAUAAAGUAUAGGAGAGAUAUGAGUGCCCAUGGAUAAUGAAUUGAAUAUAUAAUUGGGACACUGCACCGCAGGGUCACCGGUCAUGGAUAAAAUAGUCUAUUAAAGUAAAAUUAAAGUUGCUUCAAAAGAGAUGAAAGUGAGGCACAAACAUUGAAUGUGACUGAGCAGAGAGAUGUCAGGUGAGGUUAGUAGGGAUGAAGCACAGGGGUUAACUACUUACAGGGGGUGGGGAUAAGUGGUGAGAAGGAGAGAGUAGCGGGUAGAGUUCAAGAGAUCAAGUCAACAAAGUAAAUUAACUAAACUAGUGUGGUGACUACAGGAAAGGGCAAUGAGGGGAAAGAGGUUACAUGAAGUUCAUGAAGAGAUUUUGACGAGAGAGAUUGGUGCAAUAAUUUAGAAAGUUAGUCUGGGGAUGGGCCAGAGGGAAAUAGAGACUGAGUGGGAUUGAUAGGUUUGAGGACAAGAAUUGAGUCAGUGAGUGAGAUAAGAAAGUUUAAGGUAGAGUGAUUGGGACAGAGUUGGUCCACUGAUCCACCUAUCUAGAAGAGAUGGCUCAGUGAUAAAUACAUUUUUUUAGCCAUUUAUUAGAGGUUUCUUCUUCCAACGUCGGCCAGGUAUAAAGGCUAUGGAAAUUCCCAGAUCAACUAGUUUUGCAUUCAAAACAUUUUUUUCUUUCUUUUGAAUCUUGUAAUUUGAAUUUUAAUUAAAGCAAAUGGAGAUUUUCAUUUGAAUAUAUUCAUAUUAACUUAUUGGAGCGUCAGAUUUAGUUUAUGAUGCGAAUAAGGCUCAGUGAAGAACGUGAAAGUUAUCUUACAAAUCGUUCAGGUCCAACCAAUGUUCCCUUUAAGCUGCGCGGCCGCUCAGUAAUCUCACAGACACCGCGCAGCAGUUUUGAGUACUGCGCAGCUAAUUUCCACUUAAGGGUGUGUUUGUGUCUGGAGGCUGUAAAAUUUGCGCACAAAAAAAUUGAUGCUGUAAAAAAUUGCACACAACUUUAUGAUUUACUCACGAACCAACAAACCUUAGAAGGAACAUUGGGUCCAACUAUUGGUUUAUUCACUGUAAGUCCAGUGUCUGGAUUCCCAUAAGUGAUGUCGCUAUGCUUUGGGUGAGACAACUCUUUUCAAAUCCCAUUCCACUAAGUACACCUUUACCAAUUAUUUUAAAGAAGUUUUAAAUAAGCAUAGAAAAAAAAUUACUUAAUUAGUUGAUACUUUAUUCACAUCUUACAGAAAUUUUUUGAAAAAUAUAAACUUUGAAGUAGGAAGAUAAAUGGAAUCCAUUAUGCAUUUGGUAAAAGACAUGUCUGCCUUUAAAUUUUGUAAUGAAAUUAGAAACUGAUCUUAAUAAGUCAAGAAUAAUUUACUAUAAUACAAAUCGAAUAAAAUCAUCACUGAAAAAUUUACUUAUUAAUAAAAUUUAAUUGCAGCUCCAGGGAAAAAGCCCCUGCUCCAGGCUCUGGUUCUUCUGCACAGCCAUGGUUAAAGCUAGAAGCAGAUAAACACUUAGUAUAGUAAUUAGUUAUAGCCUUGUGGAACUUGAUAACCAUAGUCAUUUCAGUGAUUUCAGUUCAGCUGAGGUAUAGCCAUGACUAGCACCAAGAUAUUUUAAAAUAGUAUUACCCUAAACUAAAAAUACUUAAUUCAAAUGUCUUAAAAGCAAACUUGAAAAUUCAUUCUUGUUAGGACAUCAAUUUUAAAAAGAUGUUACUAAGUUAAAUAUGUAAGUUCCAACUUUCUCCUUAUAAAUAAGCCGGCAGCUUUCCCAGAUUUUUUGCUACUUUUCCAAGACAUUUACACUACAAUUUUACUCAUUUUGUGUGUAUAUAUAUAUUCAUAUUUGUUUCUUCCGAGCAUUGCAAUAGCGUGCUGUAAGAUAAUAUAGUUUUUAAUUCUGUCUAUUUGAUUUUGUUUUGUUUAUAUAAAUGGUAAAGUAUAAUUAAAUUGAAUUUUGUUAAUAUCACUAGGUAAUAUUCUUCUUUGUAUACCGGUUUUGUAGUCCUUUGUUACCUGUUGUUUAACAAACAAGCCAAAAAUUAAAACAGAUUGAAUUUGCAAAAUUAUAUUAUGUUACCCGGUACUUAAAUUUUUUUUGCGUAUUAUAUAUGUAGUCUUUAUCAUAGUUAAUCAUACUGAUACACCUAUUUUGUCAGUUAAGUACUAACUAAGUAUGUAUGUUAUUUUUUUAACAUGUGUAGCUGAUGUUAUUUAAAUUAGUGCUAUUGGUCACUGUAGCAAGUGUUUGCUCACUUCCUUGCCAUACAUCAUGUUCUGGAAGAUAAUGUUCCAUUUUGUUUGUAGUUUUCUACUAAAGACUGCUGCCAACUAAGAUCCCUAGUUUGAUUUUAGGGUAAACUUGUAUUAUAGGUAAUAUUGAGCACCACUGUUGCACUUUUGAGUGUACCAAGACCAAUGAAACACAGUUUGUUUUCUUGUCUUUCCAUAGAAUGUCCUCAUCUAUCAGCCAGGUGGGACAACUCUUGCAGGACAAGACAGCACCCCUGAAAGAUAGAUUCAGGGCCUUGUUUACUCUAAGAAACCUUGGUGGUAAUGAAGCCGUUGAAGCUAUAGCAGCGUGUUUUGAUGAUGAAUCGGCUUUGUUGAAGCAUGAACUUGCCUACUGCCUGGGCCAGAUGCAAAACACUCAUGCCUUACCAUAUCUCAUCAGAGUGCUUGAAGACAGGUCACAGGAAGCUAUGGUUAGACAUGAAGCAGGUAUCUCAUAUGUCAAGCAGCAGUACCGUAUCUCAUUGUUUUAUAUAACAGUUGCUCAUUUUUUUGUAUGUAACAUUAGCUAAUCGUUGUACAUAACAAUAACAGUAGCUCACUUUUCUACAUAACAGUAGCUGAUUGUUAUACUAACAGUGGCUCAUUGUUGUACAUAACAGUAGCUAAUUGUUGUACACAACAGUAGCUUAUUGUUGUACAUAACAUUCAGCUUCUAACUUAUAUUCAAUUUAAAGCUUAAUGGAUGUUCAUCUGAUUUAUUUGUGACAUUUUUAGUUAUGAUAAUAUUUGUUCAUAAACACAUUAUGCUCAUUGUAAACUGCCCAUUUUUAUUCCCUUUCCUCAUACUCUUUUGAGACUUUCAGUAACCUAUUAAAAAUAUAUUAGGGAUUUUAUUUUCUGAUAUCUGGGUUACAUAGUAUAAUAGAUUCAUUUUUUUCCCAAAGAUUCACCUUAGCAGAUAAUUACUUAAGUAUGAAGAAUGUUGUGGGGUACCGGUACAUCAUAUAAUAUAUUAUAUUAUGCUAGGGCUUAAUUUACACCUGGCCUGGUUAUUUUGAGAAAAUUACAGGUGGGUCCAAGUGUUACAAACAAAAGUUGACGUGUUAUUUUCUGUUAUGUGUCGUCCUUUAAAGUAUAGGCUUACAGACAGUCCUAUACCCUACCUGCCAGCCUUUAAACAAUAGUCCUACAGACAGUUCUACACCAUACCCAGAUUAAUAUAAUAGUCGCCUCCCCCUAAAUAAAAAAAUCAAAGUGAAUGGAGUUCAGACGUUGCUGAUAAAAGCUUUGCUACAUGACAGUUUUCUUUUUCACUCAUUACUAUUAAUUUAAAACGUGGAAUAGGGGGAGGGUCGGUUGUGAAGAGGAAGCAGGACACACCAAAAGUCAAACAUAGAUAAGAGAUGUUAUUAACCCAGUAACAAAACUGUCAGAUAAAAUUCACCUUUAUUUUGAGAUAUAAUGCUUUUCUCUUAUGAGGCUGGUAUCCUAAAACUAACCAAAAUCUUAUCUGUGCUGGUAAGGUCAAUAAUCUUUAUCAAACAUAAUCUCACAGAUUCUAUUGUUAAUGCUCAUCUAUUAGACGGCACUGGAAAGUUGACAUUAUUUUCAAUCCAAUACAUUUUUAAUUUGUUUCAGGUGAGGCUUUAGGAGCCAUCGGAGAUUCUUCAGCACUUGAAGUUCUGAAAACUUAUUCUGAUGAUCCAGUGGUUGAGGUACAGAAUGAUAAUUUUAACAAAAUAAAACAAUUUAUGAUCUCUAUGUCAUAAAUUUAGAGAUGUUUAAGAUAAAUUCAUAUUUAAAUUAACAAGCUAAGAAAUUAGACUAAUUAAUUAAAUAACUGUCAUUAGCUUUUUAGAAAAUAAAAAUGUAAAAUGAUAGACAGUUGCAUACCGGUACAUAUUUGCCAAGAUUAACAAAACUUGAUUUAUGAAAUAUUUUUUUUCAAAUUAAUAUGUUCAUUUAAAAAAAAACACAUAAUUUUGUUCUGCUAAGCUAUGAAAUAUAAUUAAAUUAAGAUACAUUUUAACUUCCCUUAUGUUAUUAUAAUAGGUUGCAGAAACUUGUCAGUUAGCCAUAGGUCGCCUGCAGUGGUUAGCUGACCAGACCAAGAAUGAGACAGAUUUGCCUAGCAACCCUUACUGUUCAGUUGACCCCACUCCCCCAGCAAAGGUGGCUGAAGUUGAAGAUUUAAGGAAGACUCUAAUGGAUGAGUCUGUCCCCCUCUUCCAGAGAUAUCGUGCCAUGUUCACCCUUAGAAACCUUACCUCUACUGAUUCUGUUUUAGCCCUGGCAGACGGUAAGAGUGAAAAUUCUUGUUCAAGCAGAAACUCAACUGAAACAUGUUAAAUCAUCUUUCACGGAUUUUAUUUUUGUAUCGCUGCAUUCUUUGGUUAUCCACUAAACCAAUGCCAGCCACUAGGAAUCUAGGAACAUUUGAUGAGUUUUUUUAUUCUUGAAAUAUGUCAGCAAUUUAUGAAGGUGUUAGGAGUCCAUAUUAUAUGAUGUCAUAUUUUUGUGUAUGUAUACAUUUCUGAAGAGCCCUCCUACACAAAGUUUCUUAAUUCAAACAACCCCUUGCUGAUAUGCCUCCCACCCACACACACACACACAUUUGGCCCCUAAAUUAAAUCAGAAUUAUAUCAACAAUGUUAUAAAAAUUAAUUAAUUUUUUUUUAUCAUUGUCUAAUAAUAAAUUAAGUUUCAAAAACUGGUACGUAAUCAGCUGACUUUCACAAUGAUCUUAUUCAAAGUAUUAAUCUCUAUGAAAAAACACUUCAAAGUUUGUAGAGAUUAAAAUGUUGCAUUUGUAAUUUUAUCUGAACGUUCAACUGAUUUCUAGUGUGUUCAAUAUCCCUCCAGGUCUGAAAUGUAAAGGUGCGUUAUUCCGCCAUGAGAUUGCCUACGUCUUGGGUCAGAUCCAGAGUGACGCCUGUGUCCAGCAGCUGAAAAAAAACCUGGAGGAUGUGUCAGAAAGUCCCAUGGUGAGACAUGAAUGUGCUGAGGCCCUGGGCUCCAUAGCCACACCAGAAGCCACUGCUAUCCUGGAGAACUAUAUCAAGGACGCUGAGAGAGUUGUUAGAGAGAGUGCCAUAGUGGCUCUGGACAUGAGUGAAUAUGAGAACAGUGAACAGUUUCAAUACGCGGAUGCUCUGAGUAAACUGAGUAAUGAACAAAGUGCUGCUUCUAUAUCGAAGCCUGUGAUGUCAUAGUUAUGGUUUACUUAAUUACAAAAAU